AUGGCCCCUUCUCAGCUUUCCGCUCUGCAGUAUGCUGCCCACGCCUUUGCCACCAUCUUCACCGGCUUUGGCAUCAACGCUAUCCUCCGCCCGCAACAUGCCCUCACCUUCUUCGAGUUCGCUCCCCCGGCGUCCGCUGCCGAUGCCAAGAUGGUGGACAGCUUGAUGGCCGUGUAUGGUGCGCGCGACAUUUUUAUGGGAGUGGCCAUCUACGCUGCUGCCCUCUUCGGCACAAAGAAGUCGCUUGGCUGGACCCUCGUUGCCGCUAGUGGUGUUGCCGUGGUUGACGGCAUUGUGUGCUGGAGUCACGGGCAGGGAGAGUGGAACCACUGGGGGUAUGCGCCCAUGAUCACCGCCGUUGGCGCCGUACUACUGGGUAUUUUGGACGGUGCCCCCGCGCCGAAGCGGAACUAA